AAGCGUCGCUUCGAUCUCUUCGAAUAGCUUUCACAAAGCAAUUGUUCACUCUUCUUGAACCACAAGGUCCCCUUUGUCGGCCAACAAAGCACAAAACGUCAUUGCGGUCGGUUCACAUUUCAACCCCACAACAGGUGCCCGCUGCCGCCGAUCGUUAGGUGGACACGAGCUAAAGCGAGUCCGACAGCUCCAGCUCCUUCGACCUUCUUUAGCCUGCCUUCUCCCACUUCCCUCGUUCUUUCGUCAUUGCAUUGUCGUUCGACUUUUCAUCCCUUACCUUUCACACAAUGGCUACAACAAAGCGCGACGUGAGGAACCAUGUCCUCUUCGAGGUCGCUACUGAAGUCGCCAAUCGAGUCGGAGGUAUCUACUCGGUCCUCAAGUCAAAGGCUCAAGUUACCACUGCCGAGUAUGGCUCAGCCUACACGCUGCUUGGCCCCCUCAACCGCAAUUCGGCCGCCGUCGAGGUAGAAGAACUCGAGCCCAAAGAUCCCGCAAUGGUAGCAACCAUCAAGUCCAUGAACGAGCGUGGCAUCAAGACACUCUACGGCAGAUGGCUCAUCGAUGGCGCACCCAGAGUGCUGCUUUUCGACACUGGCACCGGUUACUACAAGCUCGAUGAAUGGAAGGGCGAUCUGUGGGCAACUGCCGGUAUUCCUUCGCCUGCAGACGACCACGAGACCAACGAGGCCAUCGUAUUUGGUUACCUUGUCGCCUGGUUCCUUGGAGAGUACGUCUACCACGAGAAGGAGCGCGCAGUUGUUGCCCAGUUCCACGAGUGGCUUGCAGGUGUUGCUCUUCCUCUGUGCAAGAAGCGCAGAAUUGACGUGACCACCAUCUUCACUACCCACGCAACCCUUCUUGGACGUUACCUCUGUGCUGGCUCAGUUGAUUUCUACAACAAUUUGCAGUACUUCGACUGCGACGCCGAGGCUGGAAAGAGAGGAAUCUACCACCGCUACUGCAUUGAGCGCGGUGCAGCCCACGCUGCCGAUGUCUUUACGACCGUUUCGCACAUCACCGCAUACGAGAGUGAGCACUUGCUCAAGCGCAAGCCUGACGGUGUUUUGCCCAACGGUCUGAACGUCAAGAAGUUCUCGGCAACCCACGAGUUCCAGAACCUGCAUCAAGUCAACAAGGAGCGAAUCAACGACUUCGUUCGUGGACACUUCUACGGCCACAACGAUUUCGAUCCCGACAAGACCCUCUACUUCUUCACUGCCGGUCGUUAUGAAUACCGCAAUAAGGGUGUCGACAUGUUUAUUGAGUCAUUGGCUCGUCUCAACCACCGUCUGAAGGCGGCUGGUUCCGACAUGACUGUCGUGGCAUUCAUCAUCAUGCCUGCUCAAACCACCUCGCUCGCUGUCGAAGCCCUCAAGGGUCAAGCCGUUCUCAAAUCGCUCCACGACACUGUGAGCUCGAUCGAGAAGAACAUUGGCAAGAAGCUCUUUGAGCGUUCUCUCGCAUGGCACGAGGGUCAAAACCCCCCGGACGAGACUGGUCUCUUGACUCAAGAAGACAAGGUCCUGCUUCGUCGUCGUUUGUUCGCCAUGAAGCGUUCGAACUUGCCUCCCAUUGUCACUCACAACAUGGUUAAUGACCAGGAAGACCCCAUUCUCAACCAGAUUCGUCGCUGCCAGCUUUUCAAUCACCCCACCGACCGUGUCAAGGUCGUCUUCCACCCCGAAUUUCUGAGCUCAGGUAACCCUGUUCUUCCCAUGGAUUACGACGACUUCGUCCGCGGUACCCACUUAGGUGUCUUCUCAUCCUACUACGAGCCUUGGGGAUACACUCCCGCCGAGUGUACCGUCAUGGGUGUUCCCUCCAUCACCACCAACCUUUCUGGUUUCGGAUGCUACAUGGAGGAACUGAUCGAGAACGCUCAGGACUACGGCAUCUACAUUGUCGACAGACGCAUGAAGGGUGUUGACGACAGUGUGAACCAACUUACAGAGUUCAUGUUCAAUUUCAUCGGCAAGAGCCGCAGACAACGCAUCAACCAGCGCAAUCGCACAGAGCGAUUGAGCGACCUCCUGGACUGGAAGCGCAUGGGUAUGGAAUACGUCAAGGCCAGACAGUUGGCUUUGAGAAGAGCAUACCCCACUUCAUUCGAGGGCGAUGAGGAGCCCGGCUUCUUCGACGGCACCGAAGUCAAGAUUUCGCGCCCUCUCUCAGCACCCGGCUCACCCAGAGACCGUUCGGGCAUGAUGACACCCGGUGACUUCGCAUCUCUGCAAGAGGGCAGAGAAGGCCUGAGCACAGAGGACUACAUUGCUUGGAAGCUCCCUGAGGAGGAAGACGUCGACGAGUACCCCUUCCCGCUCACCCUCCGAAGCAAGACGUCUUCGACCAACGGCACGGGCACCACAACACCCACCAACGGCACAAUCGGCACCGCAAGCAACAUGUCAAGCAACACUAGCGGUGCUGCCUUUUGAGAACCGAAUCUGAGGCUAGGAAAGAGGAAGAGAAAGAGAAAGAGAAAGAAAUGAUGAAACGAUCAUAAUGCAGCAGAGAAGACCAGCGGUGUUCCAUUGGCACAGAAUGCUUGGGGUCGUUGCACCUUUUUUUUGUACAUUACCAUGUAAUUUGCAGUUUGCACCCAUGGGUGAAUUUAUCCUUUGGC